GAGGCCACCAGUGAGACCAUGCGCGUGGGGCGGGUCGACUCGCCCCAGUCGGAGGGCCGAUCCUUGAAGUUCCCCGGGUCGCCCCUCAGUUCGGGACCUGAGAGCUUGCCGGAGCCGGGCGGUCCCUCCUCGGUGCACACGCCCAGCACCUCAGCGUCCACCCCAGGGGCACACCUGAUAAUACAGAAUUGGCGCUCAGGUGCCUCCAUAGGCCACGGCUCCUACGGCUCCGUGGCGCGUGCGCUGGACGUCGACAACGGCUUCAUCUUCGCCGUGAAGAAGUCCACGGUGACUCAGAGCGAUGAGGAGGAUCGGAAGUACCUGGCGAAGUUACGAGAAGAGCUCGAUAUUCUCAGGUCGCUGCGGCAUCCUAACAUCAUCUGUUACCUGGGUCACGAAUACACAGGAGGAACCUUGUACAUAUUUAUGGAGCUCGCGGAGGGAGGGUCCUUGGCCAAGCUUUUGAAGGAGUUUGGCGCUCUUGAAGGUGCCUUGCUUCGGAACACCAUCCUCGGAAUGCUGCAAGGGCUCGUUUAUUUGCACACGCGCAACCCUGUGGUGGUGCACCGGGACAUUAAGAGUGCCAACGUGCUUUUGGACUUGGACUUCAAUGUGAAGUUGGCCGACUUCGGCUGUUCCAAGCAAGUUUAUGAUAUGUCCACCUCCUUCCACGCCACCGGAUCCUUCUCCUGGAUGGCGCCAGAGGUCAUCUUGGAGAAGCAAGGUUUUGGCCGAAAGGCGGACAUCUGGAGCUUCGGCUGCACGGCGUUGGAGUCCUCCACGGCGCUGCCGCCCUGGGGGAAGGGCGCCAUCGAUGGGAUGCUGUCCGCCGUGAAGCUGAUCGGCCUAUCCCAGCAGACACCUCCCAUUCCGGAGUCCACCCUACCGAGCCUGAAGAACUUGCUGCAGAGCUGCCUGCAGCGGGCGCCGGAUGCGAGGCCUGCGGCUUCGGAGCUCUUGAGUCAUGAGUACUUCAUGCCGCCCAUGAAGGACAAACGGCGUCACCACGACUCGCGCGUAGCCUGGAGUUGAGGUGGUUCCUGAUGGGCGAGGAGGGACGUGAAUGUGUCAAGCCGACCAUAG